CGGCGCCGCCGCCGCCGCUGGAGGAGGCGGCGACGCCGUCCAGUCGCAGCUCCAACCGCUCGGGGAUGGUCAUGGCUGCGAAAACCGACGUGCCGCAACCGGUGACUCCCAGACCCAAUCGCUUGCAAAAGGUCAAAAGGGCCAUGACGCUGGUGAUGAACCGAGAGGUCUCCAGCCCCCGCGCCGCGCCACAGCGCCCUGCCACCGUCACCGGCGCCGAGCACAGCCUGAGCUCCGUGGGCGGCACCGUGCGGCUGGCGGAUUUCGCGCGGGCGCCACAGAGGAGGGUGAGGGCCAUGAAGAGCAGUUUUUCCCUGUGGAAUGACAAGAAAGCCAAGGAGGUGCAGGAACAAAGCCAGACGGCGCAGAAGAAUCAAAACACAAAGAAAGCGGUGUUGCGAGAAUUCAGCUCUCGACAAGCGAUGCCUCUAAGCGUCACCAAGCGAGAAUCCACCAAGAUCGUUACCGAUCUGGCCGAGUUGCGACGGAUCUUUGAUUUCUAUGACAAGGACGGCUCUGGUCUCAUCGACCCGGAGGAAUUUGUGCCGCUGUUGACGCGGGUGCUGAAGAGACCAGGCAAUUCCAUGGACAAGAAGGAAAUCUGGCAGAUUUGGGACAAUAUCGACCAAGACGGCACCGGACAGAUUUCCUUCGACGAGUUUCAACAGUGGUAUUGCAAGGCUUUCCGCAUCGACGGGAACCCGGACCGCACCAGCUUCAUCAGCUUGGAGCAGGUGCCGCCCCAUGAAGGAAUGAUCCGAAGCAUCGCCAAGAAACUCAACUUGGAUUUCUUCAAGGUGGAUAGUCUUUGGACACGAUAUUCCAGCUUUGACCUUGAUAAGAGUGGUGCCUUGGAUUACAACGAGUUCACCCGUUUGAUCCAGCGCGAACUGAGCCCUGCCGGCUCAGAGGCCGUGCCCGACAAAGUGGUGCAGAAGUUCUGGAUUGAGAUCGACACUGACAAGUCUGGCUUGGUGAGUUUCGGCGAGUUCUGCGCCUGGUACAUGAAGUUCCUCUUUGGCGGCAAGUCGCCCAUGGAGCAGUACUACGCGGCCUUCAGCUCGCGCGGCUCUUCGGGCCAAGCCACGCUGACUCGCAGUGAGACGGUGAAGUCGAGCAAAGAUGGGAAAUGACCAGCUGGAGACUGGACCAUGCCGG